GAGAGAGCUCAGCUGGAUUGCCAGCUGUGUGACACCUCUGUCAUCGUGCAAAUGGACAACAGCCGCGACCUGGACAUGGAGGGCAUCAUCAAAAGCGUUGAGUGCUGCUACGAGGAGAUUGCCCAGAAGAGCAAGGCUGAGGUGGAGGCUUUCUACCAAACCAGACUGGAGGAGCUCCACAGCAGCCGGGGCAAGUUCUGCGACGACCUGAGAAACAACCAGAGCGAGAUUGCUGAGCUCAACCGGAUGAUCCAGAAGCUGCAGUGCGAGUCGGAUAACGUGAAGAAACAGAUUGCAGCCCUGCAAACGGCUAUCUGUGAUGCAGAACAGCGGGGUGACUGCGCCCUCAAAGAUGCCCGGCAGAAGCUGAUCGACCUGCAGACGGCACUGCAGCAAGCCAAGGACAAGAUGGCAUGCUUGCUGAGAGACUACCAGGAGCUGCUGAACGUCAAGCUGGCCCUGGACAUUGAGAUUGCCACUUACAGGACACUGCUGGAGGGAGAAGAGAGCAGGAUAUGUACCGGCAACCCUGUGAGCGUAGCGGUGGUCAGCGGUGGUGGCACCGUUGGGGAGUGCCGAUCCCUAUCCGGAAUUGGAGGCAAAUGCAACAUCAAGACGGGAGGGCCUGGUGGGGGCUUAGGGGUGGUCUCCUCCUUUGGUGUCAGCGGCACCGGCUUUAGCACCCGGAGUGUGGAUUGCCUCCCUAGGGUGGGGGGUGGGUUUGGGGCCAGGAGCGCGGUCAGCUGCGUGGGGAGAGAAGUCAUCCCCGGUGCAGAGGGGGUGCAGUGCGCCCCGGCCAUGGGCAACCUGGGGAACGUCGUCUGUGCCGGUGUGGAGCAGUGCGGCCCCGGGGCUGUCAUCAUUCCUGGGGCAGGGGUGUGCAGUGCAGGGAGCAGGUACAGCACAGCUGUGCGCAUGGUCAGAACAACCCGGUAG